UUUGGAAUCCGCUCUGUCUAGCCUACGCUCUGUCAAGCACGUUUUGGCAACUGUCUUUCACUGAAUGUCAUCUCGACGUCGUGUUCAUCCUCUAGCUGAGGAUGGAAGAGCCGGAAGAAAACGGAAACGAGCGAACCGUCUCUCGUCUGCAAAGAAUGUGACGUCUGCAGCCACUCGUUCACUUGCGUUUACAGACGGCAACAUGAAGAGAGUCAGACUUCCAGCUAUUACGAAAUCCCACUCCCUUCCUGAGUCUGCAGCGCUAGCGUUUCCUCAAGCAUCUGGAUUUGUAGCAAGUAAAGAUGAGCAAGAGAACGUUGAUCUUCGCAGUGAGAGUUAUCCUGCGGCUGGAAAGCGGAAUAUUGCACAUGUGGCUGUCAAUGGUGACGUUGGUGUUCAUCGAGCUGUGAGUAGUGCGAGAAAACCAACUAGAAGACUGCAGUCUACUAACAGUCAUUUGGACAUAUUUUGUAAUGAAAGAGUUGGAAGAAAACGUGUGGAUGUUACUUCAAAGAGAGCGAUAGAACUUCAAAAAAAAGCUGAAACGCAAAGACUGCGCUUGUGUUCUGUAGAGCCUUGUACUCAUCGGACUGCCAACCAGUUUUCAUCUGCUGCUGUUUCGGGAAGCUGGAACGACACUUCUCCGCAUUCUGUGGUAAAUGUAGGAAAGACAUCAACAGAAGAAAUGAUGAUUCCACAGACAGUUGACCAGUUCUCCUCACACAGUAGGAGUAUGGCAUUACAACUGCUAGCAGCUGCAGAGAACAGUGAGGAGACCGAAACUACGAACUUUAUUCCUCUUGCUACAUUGAAUGUGUCUACUGGUCCUAUCAGUGUGGCAGCUACUCAGUUUUUGUUGGGUGAUAGAAGUAUUAUUAAUUACCUGGAAAAACUGUCUGCCACAGAAGAGGAUGGCGUCUGUGUCAAUUUCUCUCAUGUUGAUCAUCUCAUUUCUAGGGGAGCUAUUGUGAAUGCAGUCGAUGAGUUUGGCCAAUGCGCAUUGCAUGUAGUUGCUAAAGACUGGGGAUUAGAUGUUUUGCAGUAUUUUUUGAACAAAGAUGCUCAUCUUAACAUCCAAGAUCAGUUUGGAAGAACUGCAUUACAUGUAGCAGCAUCUACUAAUUCAGCUGGUGUGAUUCGUGCUUUAUUGGAAAAUGGGGCUGAUCAUACCUUGUGUACACAUGAAGAGAAUCAAAGUCCACUGCACUUUGCAGCUCGAUCUGAUGCAGUAGAUGCACUUACAGCUUUGUUGGAAGUAAAAGCUGAUUUUGAAAGGAGGGAUUACAAGGGUAGGACACCUCUUCAAUUAGCUGCUGAACUUGAUCGUUCUGAAAGCGUUCGAUGUUUACUGGAUAUGAAACCAACUCCUGCAAAUGUUGGAGUUAGUGACUACUCUGGACACAUGGCUCUCACAAGCAUGGUUGCUACGAUGCCUCCAGUUACAAAAAUUGCUCUCAAUCAAUUCCAUCAAAUAUCCAAAGUUUACCGUAAACAAGUGUUCUAUCUCAACAUGCUGGAAAAACCACCUUUAGAACGGACAAGCUCUGGCUACAGCAAAGCUGUUCGCAGUCCGUUGGAAAUGAUUGUUCAUUACAAGCAUCAUGAUCUCAUCACUCAUCCAGUUAUUAGGAGACUCAUAAAAGUGAAGUGGAAGCAGUUUGGUCGACUCGGUGCGAUAUUGCAGCUUCUCAUUUUCUUCAUCUUCCUAGUGGCAUUGACCGCAUUUGCAGUUGGCGUUGAUUUCGAAAAGAAAUACGAUUAUGAACCACUGAGUGGUAACUUGUGGAGAAUAAUUGUUCUUGUUAUAUCACUUCUAUUGUAUAUCUAUCAAGUAUCAGAAGAGAUUACUGAAGUAUAUCGAUCAAACAAGCAACAUAAACGAUGGCUUGUCUGGCGGAAAUCAGAACUAGAAAGAGACUUAAAGUUUUGUCAUCCUGGCUUUCCUGAUGAGAAAGAAUAUUUGGAGGGGGAAGUAGCAAAUUUGGAUGAUUCUUCUGCAGACUAUUUCUUAGAGCCUUGGAAUUACAUUGACUGGAUUAGUUAUGGUUUGCUGCUUGCAGCAUUUGUGGUUCAUCUUGUGGAUGUAAUUGACCACACUGAUACGCGUGCUAGAUUACAUGCCAGGCUAAUAUGUUGUGCACUAAUCGUGGCUUGGUUUCGAGUUCUGAAGUAUGUUCGAGCAUUUUCUUUCAUGGGUCCAUUUGUUGUGAUGUUGCAGAGCAUGGCGACAGACGUUUGUAAAUUCUCGUUUUUAUACAUCAUCAUUUAUAUUCCCUACGCUGCUAGUUUUUGGAUUUUCUUUGGCGAUCGAGGAGUGUCGGGCUUUCAGUCUGUAGCUGCCGGUCUGUUCAGCUUGUUUCGUAUCACUCUUGUAGACGAAUAUGCAUAUGAUGAGAUGCACAGUCAAGACUCAGUAAUGGCUUACGUACUGGUUGGCUCUUUCCUUGCACUGGCUGCAAUUGUUGGUCUCAAUUUAUUAAUUGCUCUCAUGUCUGAUACAUUUCAACGAGUGUAUGACAAUGCAAAGGCCAAUGCAAUUAUGCAGCAGGCAAACACCAUCUUGAACCUUGAGAAGAAGCUGACAAAGUCAAAACUAAAUGAAACACGCAGAGAAAUAUAUGAAAAGUGUGGUCCUUUACAAGACUUUUAUGAUGAUGAUGAAAAUGAGGCAGAAGACUUGAAGAAGAUGACAUUUCAGAUACAUGAUGAAGUUUUGGAGUUGCAAAACAAGAUUGAUAAUUGGCAUGAAGGAGUUACUGAGCAAGGAGACGCACAGUUAUCAGCAAUAACAGAGCUGCAGCAAAAGGUCAAUAAUCUCGAAAAGACAAUACAGAGAAUGUCACGUGUUAACUGAAUAAGAAAGGAUCGAGUGUGGAACAUGUUCAUCUUCCUGUAGGCAAAUGAAAGGAGAUUGACUGUAGGCGUCCGCUACGUUUUCGUGGUUAACAUACAGGUAUACAGAAUGGAUAGCAUUUGACGUGACUUUUUACACUGUAGACAGAAACUAUAGAAAUUAAAUGUUUUAGAUAGAAAGUAAGUGUUGGAUUGUAGAGAUAAAGGAAUACGAAAUUUUACUACAA